GGAAGUGAGGGAAGAGAGAAACAUGGUGAGACCGGAGGAGAUAUAGGUGAACGCGCAAAUCAAGAUAUAAAAAGAGAGACCUUCAUUUUUAAAAAAAAUUCUGUGUGAAUUUUGACUAAAAUAUUUUUUAAAAAAAGGGAAGGGGGGAAGGAGGAGAGGGUAAGGAUAGGGUCGUGCGUGUCAACGAGAGGAGGUGCUGGACGAGAUGCCUCCUCCGCGGCGAGGAGGCUCCCGUCUCAGCACCUAACCUCUUCUAGCUACGCCGGAGAUCCUCCGGGGCUUUUCAAGUCAAAGCCACGUACUCCCGUUGACCUCGUUCGACAGACGCGCGAUCUCCUUCUCUACGCCGAUCGCUCCAACUCCUCCUCUUUGCCUGAUUCCAAACGCCAUGAAAAGAUGGCGGAGCUAAGCAGGAACAUCCGUGAUAUAAAGUUCAUUCUCUAUGGAAACAGCGAGGCCGAGCCUGUUGCUGAAGCUUGUGCACAGCUGACUCAAGAGUUCUUUAGACAGGAUACUCUACGCCUCUUCAUUACCUCUCUCCCUAUUCUCAACUUGGAGACUAGGAAAGAUGCUACGCAAGUUGUUGCAAAUCUACAGAGGCAGCAAGUCAAUUAUAAGUUGAUUGCUUCUGAUUAUCUUGAAGCCAACCUUGAUCUCAUGGAUGUUUUAAUACUAGGGUUUGAGAACUUAGACAUGGCUUUACAUUAUGGUGCUAUGUUUAGGGAGUGCAUCCGCCAUCAGAUUGUUGCCAAAUAUGUUUUGGAGUCUGAGCACGUGAAGAAGUUCUUUGAUUACAUACAGCUUGCUAACUUUGACAUUGCUGCCGAUGCAGCUGCUACUUUUAAGGAGCUGCUAACUAGGCAUAAGUCUACCGUUGCCGACUUUCUCACCAAUAAUGAAGAAUGGUUCUUUGCGGACUACAACUCAAAGCUUCUUGAAUCAGUUAAUUAUGUAACCAGACGGCAAGCUAUUAAGUUAUUGGGUGAUAUAUUACUGGAUCGAUCAAAUUCAGCUGUGAUGACGAAAUAUGUGAGCUCAAUGGAUUACUUAAUGAUUCUCAUGAAUCUUCUGAUAGAGUCUAGCAAGAGCAUCCAGAUAGAAGCAUUCCACGUUUUCAAGCUGUUUGUGGCGAACCAAAACAAGCCUGCAGAGAUAGUCAACAUUAUGGUGACUAACAGAAGCAAGCUUCUUAGAUUGUUGGCUGAUUUGAGACCAGACAAAGAGGACGAGAGGUUUGAAGCAGACAAAAGUCAGGUCUUGAGAGAAAUAUCAUCCCUUGAGCCGCUAGUUCUUGCAUGAACCAACCAACAGAUAUCGUUCUUCCUUCCCUUUUUAAACAUUCCAAAGACAUUUUUGGAGGUUCGAAGUUUGUUCUUUUAGGUAAACCAAUCUCUUUCACUUUCUCUUACACACACACACAUACAGACAAGAUAUUUAUUUGAUUUAUGUAAUCACUUGUACACUUUUCACUGUUGAUAAAAUAAAAUGGCUUUGUUUAUAAGUU